AUGACAUCGUUCAACUGUUUCAAAAUUCACGAUACCGACAAUUUUAUUAUACAUAAUACGAAGACAAAUAAUUCAGAAGGGAGCAUAUGUACUUCUUCCGGAAAUGUUGAUAAUACCAAUAGUAGAUGUAAUCAGUCAAUAACUUCUGCAGUUAAUGCAGUCAUUUCAACAACAACAACAACAACAACAGUUGGCAGUACUAAUUUCCAAGAUAGUUUGCUGAAUUCUAGAAACGUAAAUCCUACAAUACCAACAAGUUGUCCAUCCUAUUCACGUGGCAGUAAUCUGAUGCGGUGUAGACCACAUUUUCGUCAUGCCAGUUUAUCAUCUUCUGCAUUUGGUACAUGUAUGCCAAGUAAUAAACGUGAUGGUAAUUGUAGUAGUAACAGCAAUAAGGAAAAAACCUCUCUGACUCCAUCUACUGGUGUACAGUUCAGCCGUAACUGCUUUGGAUAUUAUCCUAGUCGAAUACGUAAGCACUUAGAGUCUACUGUAACAAAAAAUGACCCAUUGUUGCGUUUAGUAACAUCUACUGAUUGUUAUCCCGUACAAUCAGGUCCUGAAAUCAUUUAUACUACUAGUGAUUCUAUAAACAGUGGCAAUGGUCUAGUUCGUAGUCAAUCAGAUUCUACAUGCUUAUCAUUGAAAGCUAUAACAGGUGAUGAAAAUUAUAUAAAUAUUGAAGAAGAUCAAGCACAGAUUAAUAUUGGUGAUGGCAGUAACAAACGUGGGAACUAUCUAUCAGAUGAUUCAGCCCCAAGUUCCAAUAUCUCAUCUUGGGAAACGAACAAUAGUGCUUCAGUAAAUGGGAGUAAUUCCAUUGAUAAGUAUAACUUAGAAAUUAAUAAGUGUACACCAUUGCUACCUUCGCUAUUAUUAUCUUUAUCUUCAACAUCGCCAACGCAGAUGAAUUUCUGUAAGGCAAACAUAACAGAAAAUCAAGAGAAAUCGGGAGUAGAAACAGGAGAAGAAGCAAAAGAUGACAGUAAAAGUCAAGGCGAUAAUGUACUAGCUAGUUUUAUGCGAAAUUCGACUAUCGGGUCUAUACCGGGCAGUGGAUUUACAUCGGAAUUAUCGAAUUAUUGUGGUGCUUCAGUUAAGUCGCCAACACCAGCUGUUUAUCAUCAACAACUAGGAGCCAAACUAAAGUGUGGAACUAGGGCUAAUAACCUAUCAACUCCGUCAACUCCUAGUCGAAGUUAUCAACUAAUAUGUCGUAAUGGAAUACAAAGCUAUACUUUAGUAACAGAUAAACCUGCAGAGCACUCUAUUUCCCCUGAAAAUCUUGAUUUCGCUGGUCGAAAUUCUGAAAGCUCCAUUUGUUUUCACGAUAGUCAGUCGUCUAACUGUUGCUCAUCCAGCAACGAUAAUUCAGCUGAUAACCGAUUAUGUGACGAUGGACGAUCUACAUUUCCAGAUCACUUAUUUAUCCAACAUCAGUUUGAGACUAAAACACCUGGUUGUUUAACGAAAUCUUAUGAACUUACAAAUCAUUCUGGUUUAGAAAUACCUCAGUCUUCUGACGAUACACACAUUCAACCAAUUCUUCAGUAUUAUGCUGAAUCUCAAAAUAAUAGUUCUGCUAAUUUAUAUUCCAUAAAUUCUACAUCCAAAGAAUGUUCUUCGCAUCCUAUUCCAUUGGAUGAAAUUUCCACAUCAAAUGCUAUCAAUACUUCUCAUUCUAGUCACUGUUGUCCCGUCUAUUCUGAUUCAUUUGAAAUUCUUAACAACAGUAUUACCCAUUCUAGAACACUUGGAUUACAUCUGGAACCUAUUAAUCUGUUUUCUCAAAUUAAUCAAUCACCAACAGGUUCAACAGCAAUCACUACAACAACAGCUUCGAAUAACACAACAGAGAAACCGACUGCACCACUACCAUCUCGUAAGCAAAGACCGUUAUCUCCAUCUAUAUCAACUAUUUCCGUCACUGGAGUUAUAAAUCCAAUUACUGUUACCAGUAUGCAUCAGAGUCAUACAAAUAUAAGUUCAGUUGAUCAUCAUCAACAGCAACAACAACAACAACAACAAGCUUAUACUCCUAAAUUAUUACAUAAUAAUUCUAUAGCAGCUGUUAACGUUAAUAUGCAAUCACGUACUCCAUCCAAAUCACAGGGUGCAUCACACCGUCAAAAAGUUAACCCGUAUCUAAAUACACAUAAGUCAGUCAGUGGAUGGUCAUCAUCUUCAAGUGGUGGAAAUCGUUCUCUACCGACCAAUAGCAACAUUGUAUCUAAUUCUCAUCAAACUGCUAAUUUCGAUCAAUUUAUUACUGAAACUAGUGCUGAUGGAAUUAUAAAUUAUUAUAGUAACAAUAAUAAUUAUAUUCAUAACACUGGUAUCUCUAGUAAUGCUAUUACUAACAGUAAUACAAAUAAUAAUACUGCCUUUAUGAAUAGUAUCUCUGGUGACUUAACAGCACAGAAUAGUCCACAUCGUAGUCAUCGCACUGUUGGCGCCAACUAUUCGGCAAAUCCAAACACAGUUGAAUCAACUUAUAACACCACUGAACCGAGUGCACCAAUUGGUGGUGGUUUACAAGCAUCUAUAUCGGUUCAUUGUUCCUCUAAUUUAUUGAAAUCUUUAUUGACGUCGAUACCAUCUACCAUGACUACCGCUGCUACCAUUUUUACAGGGAAUGCUGAUUCAGCACUUAAAAAUAAAACAUUUACACCUUCUUCACGAAUUAAUAAUCGUAGUAGUGUUAGUAAUCAUCAAACUGUAGCAACAAAUCAGAAACAUAGUAGUAUUUCUUCUCAUCCGCCUCCUCCACCCCUUCCACAAUCGCAACAAGAGAAAGUAGCUGAUCUAAUGAUUGAUGAUCCAGCAAAUGAAAUGACCAUUAGUGAAUUACGUUCAAUAGCUGAGCGUCAACGUCAACAAUUGGCUAGACAAGCUCAACAAUUACAAGCUAGAGAAGAACGUCGUGCAUGGCUUCGUUCGUUAAAUUCACAACGUUCAGCACAAAAUCGAUGUGCUGAAAAUGAAAAGGUUACCUCUAAACCAUCUGAUCUUAGUCAAGAACAAGAAAUCCGGUUGCAUAAACUACGUGGUUUUCGUGGUCAAACAGAACAAGUUCGAUUGAGUAAUGAAAAUCUUGUAAAAGAAAUCGAUCGAUUAGCCUCCUUGUUAUCCGGUAAAGAACAUGAUUUGCAAGUUUGCCGACAAAGAGCAGAUGAAGCUGAACGUAUGUUAACUCUAAUUAAUCAAUGGCAUAAUGUAAUUGCAAGUGCACGCCGUCAAACAAUAAAUCAAAUUGGAACUAAUCCAACACAUUUAUCAGAUGAAAAUUCUUCCUCUUCUCCUCUAAGCCUACCAUUUAUGCAACCACCAUUUUUCUCUGAUAUAGAUAAGAAAAGAUGGCAUGAUGGUCUUGUUGAAGCAGAUCGUUUAGAUAGACAAUUUGCUGCAGUGUUUGGACGUAAGCCUCCUAUACAAACAUGGUCUUCUAGUCAAAGUAAUUUACACUAUGUUAAUUCACUUGUAUCAGAAAAACAACUAGCACCUCAUAUUUCAAGUUCAAUUCCAUCGGUUACUGUUCCUUCUGCUCCUCUGCCCCCAUCUUAUUCAACAUAUCAUCAUACCUACUCAAAAUCUAGGCUAAAUGAUCAAAGUCCAAAUGUUCAUGAUGGUCAUUCUCCCCCUCCUUCUUCUACUGUCUUUCCACAUAUUCCGAUUUCCCAUUCGACUCCUGUUAUAUCAAGAACGCCAGCAACAACAAUUGAUAAUGCGACAACACCAAACACUGCCUUUAGUUCAGUGCUUACACGAGCUAGUAGCCCACCUACAUCUAGUCGUCGAUCAUGUUUUCGCACAUUCAUGCAGUUACAUCCCGGUUAUAGUAUUUGGAGCCCAAAUACAACUACCAAUAGCAAUAAUAGUUGCAUUAAUAAUAAAGAUAAUGUACUAUCACCUGCUCCAAUUCACCCACUACCUAUGCCACGUAUUAAAGCUCCACCGAGAUAUGCAUCUCGUGCUGUAAUUAAUGAUACAUAUAUGCGUCGUAUAUGUCGUGAUAGUGUUGAAAAAUACAAGCGUACAGCUAGUGAAAUUUAUUUAGCUAGUGUAAACAAAUUAAAUGCGAAAUCACCGUCUCCAUCACUUCAAACAGCCACACCAACGAUGCCGUCUUCUGAAUGGUCGAGUGAUUCAGCUAUAUCUGAAAACCAACAGCAACAAACAUGUACCAUAAAUUCAAUGAAAAUGAAUGAACAGAUUGUGAAGCAAGCCGAAUCUCCUGAAAAAAUCUCCUAUUCUUCUGUAAUAUAUCAUCCUCAAUAUCGUCUUAACAAAGCAUAUGAGCCAGCUGUAAUCACUAAUGAAAAUAGCAACAAAGCAUCAGAUCAAAAUGUUCGCACUUCUAUUCAUCCAUCUACUGAUUUACCUCCAUCAUCUCCAUCCAUUUCAUCGUCAUCUUCCUCAUCUUCACUAGAACUAAUUGGUAUAGAUAUGCAACCGGAUGAUGAACAUAAAUUAUCGUUAUUAUCCAAUGAAUUCGAUUCGCCUGAAGAUGAUCAGAAACAACAAAAUUCUGGUGAUGUAGAUAGUGGUCUAGGCGGUUCUGAUCAUACUGUCAAAUCAGAGCACCAACAAUCACAGAUUAAGAAAUCAACACCUAUUUCACAGAUGACAACAAUUAUGACACCUGAAACUACAAUAAUAAAUACAACUACUGCUGCUAACCAUACUACCGUCAGUGUAACUUCUCCUUCAAUUAUCACCACUGCUAUUGUUCAACGUGGCGAGGUCAACAAAAAAGAAAUUUCUUCAGGAAUUAUGGUUUAUGUGGACGAAGAACAUGGAGUGAAUGGCAGUGUGAAUAAUAACUCUUGUGAUUACAUUAAAAGACAACAAGUUAAAUCUAUUCUACGUAAAUCAAAAUCAUUUUCAUCACCAUCAACUACAAAACAAAGUUCCAGUUUAGAUGGUCUCACUGAACCAACUCAAUCAUUAACAUCGUCAUUAGGUCGAUCAAAUUCUGUACGAUUUCAUCCAUUAGCUUUAUUGCUUGAUGCUGCAUUAGAAGGUGAUUUGGAAUUAGUGAAAAAAGCAGCUUCUGAGGUAACCGAUGUUUCUGAGUCAAAUGACGAAGGUAUUACAGCAUUACAUAAUGCCGUAUGUGCUGGUCGUGUGGAUGUAGCUGAAUUUCUUGUACUUACAGCUGGUGCUGAUGUAAAUGCAGGUGAUACCGAUGGUUGGACACCGCUGCAUUGUGCUGCAUCUUGUGGAAAUGUUCCGUUGGCUAAAUUACUAGUUGAACAUGGUGCUUCAUUGCACGCUCGUACUUUAUCGGAUCAGGAAACUCCUUUGGAAAAGUGUGAUCAAGGCGAAGAAGAAGCUGAAUGUGAAGAAUAUCUUUAUUUCCAACAUGAACGUCUUGGGUCUGCCGCAUCUGGUCGAGUUUAUGCGCUUUUUCCUCGUGGAAUAGAAGCAGCUGGACCAGGUUCCAUAGAUGCUCAUUUAGAAUCAGAUGAACUGCCACUUAAACCAAAUGAAAUCCUCACCAUAGUUGACCGUGAACCACCUGGUGAAGUAGAAUGGAUGUUAGCUGAAAAUUCUGAAGGUCAACGAGGCCUUGUACCCAGAUCGCAUAUAUCGUGUUAUCCCUUAGUGCGUAUACCGCCAUCAAGUUUACCAAUUAUGGAGAGGCCUAAAACUUUUCCAAUGAAAUCAACUAUUUGGGAUGAUUACAACAAUGGUGAUGACGAUGACGAUGAUGAUGAUGACAGCGAUGGUGAUGCUGAUACAAGUAAAUAUGAUCAUCAACAUGAAAUGGAAUAUAAACUUUAUGAUGAAAACCAGCUAUUACCUGAUAGAAUAUCAAAAAUGCAGUUUGUUUCAUCAGCUGAUAAUCACCUUAGUGAUAAUAGUAAUAAUACUACAACUGUUAUAAGCAGUAAUAAUAAUAAUAAUCCUUACACACAAGCCGCAAUUGAAGUUGAAGACGUUACUUCAAUAAAAUCUCCAUCAAUGUCAUUGCCAUUAUCAGAAGUUAAGCAGUACAUACCACGUCCAUCAUCUGUUGAUUUUACUGGACUUAAAAUAGACGAUCGUCAGUCAUCAGACGAAAUGGGUGGUGCUACAAAUGAUAACCAGAACAACGAACAAAAUAAAACAAGUGAAACCUGUGAUUUGGCGACAGCAUUCUAAUUAGCUUUUUACUUAACAGAAAUCUUUGUACACAUGUGCACGCUCACCGAGGAGUAAUUGGUGCAUGUUUACCUUUUACAUUCUUCUUUUAAUUGUUCAUUUCUUCAUAAAUUGUAAUUUCAAAUUGGUCACAAUUUUUAUCCAGUUAGAUAUGUUAAUUAAUGAUAUUUGUACACAUAUUCAGUCUCGGUGAUAUUGGAUAGGGUGUAUUAUUAUUGUAUACUUAAUAAAACGAGGUGACUAAAAAUAAUACUAUAAAAAUCAAUCUUUGGGAUUAUUAUGUAUAAAGGAAAAUAGGAAUAGUCAACAAUAAUUCUAUUCACUACCUAUAUAUUCUUAUUUAUUAAUGUAGACAUUUACUACUUAUUGUCCUUAUACCUCAUAAAGGGGGUUAGUGGUA